UGAAAACAAAUCGCUUUGGAGUUGUUGGAGGCAUUAAUUCACGCAGGUAUAGAGAGUUCCUCUUAUUGCUGAUCCAUUAUGGCAGGAACGAGUAGAGCUAAAGAUCAAGUUUUCGUUGUUGGUGUAGGAAUGACGAAAUUUGAAAAGCCUCUCACCAAGAAAUGGGACUAUCCAGAUAUGGCUCGAGAGGCAGGGACAGCAGCACUGAAUGAUGCUGGGAUUUCUUACCAGGAUGUGGAGGCUGUUGUUGCUAGCUACUGUUAUGGAGAACCAACAUCAGGUCAAAGGGCAGUUUAUGAGUUGGGUCUGACUGGGGUUCCUGUGUUUAAUACCAAUAACAACUGUUCAUCUGCAUCAUCUGCCCUGAUGUUGGCAAGGCUGUUGGUUCUCAGUGGACAGUAUAGGUGUGUUUUAGCCUUAGGUUUUGAAAAGAUGGAAAGAGGCCUGUCUGAAAGGUACAAAGACCGUGUAUCUCCUGUGAAACGUCACAUGGAUCAUAUGGUUAAUAUUGGUGCUGCUCCUGGGCUUGUCAAUCCCCAACUAAACUCUAUGACCUCAGAUGUUAUUAAGCUGUUUGCCUAUGCUGCACAAGAGCAUAGUCAGAAAUAUGGUAGCACAUUUGAACAAUGUGCUAAAAUCGCUUACAAGAAUCAUAAGCACAGUGUUCACAACCCAAAUGCUUGCCUUAGAAAGGAGCUCCCUUUAAACAGCAUUACUCACUCGAAAAUGAUUUGCAAACCUAUCACCUUUGCCAUGUCUGCACCCACAGCAGAUGGUUCAGCAGCUGCCAUAGUGUGCUCAAGAGAAUUCAUGGAAUCAAAUGGAAUGCAGAACAAAGCUGUAGAGAUCUUAGCUCAGCAGAUGGUUACAGACCUACCAUCUUCAUUUGAGAAGAGCUUUAUGGACCUAGCUGGGGUCACCAUGGCUACAAAGGCUGCCAUAGACUGCUACAGAUCAUCAGAUCUCACACCCCGUGAUGUGGAUGUCUUAGAAGUUCAUGAUUGCUUCUCUUGCAAUGAGUUAUUUAUGUACGAAGCCAUGGGACUUUGCCCAGUAGGGAGGGGUGGGGAGCUCAUUGAUUCAGCUGAAUGGAUCAGGAACGAAAAUGGCGGGGAAGUUUGUCGCAUUGGCAGUAGAUGGGUAGUGAAUCCAUCGGGAGGUUUGGAGUCGAAAGGACAUCCGAUCGGCGCCACAGGUCUUGCGCAAUGCGCCGAACUUAACUGGCAGCUCAGAGGUGAAGCAGGAAAACGGCAGGUAGACGGAGCAACAGUUGCCUUGCAGCACAACUUUGGAAUCGGAGGAGCUGCUGUGGUGACGAUGUACAAAAAAUUCAAACCUCAAAAAAGGGAACAGCUUCAUGCCAAAUUAUAACAGAGUGUCUCACUUUCGACUGAAGCGAACUUUGAAACGCAAUUAUCAACCAUAGCUUUCCAAACCAUUAUUUAUUGUAAAAUGCUGAACAUAAAAGGCUGAGUGUAGUCAAGAAUACCUAACUCAAGUAUAAAGUACUUUUUUUAAUAGAGAAUGGAAGAAAUUGAAGGAGACAUGACUAAAUUAAGUAUUUAUAGAAAGAAUCUAAUUGGUAGUUUCUUGAAAUAAUUCUUCCAUUUAUCAUUAAGGAAGCUGUCAUUUUGUCUGGGUACGAGUUUAUAUCAGGGGGAUAUGGCUGGUCAUGAAGGCAAUUUGCGCCAAGUAAGCAACUGAGUGAUUUCGAACGCUUUUCGGUGAUCAAAAAACGGCAGGAAGUCAACUUUUGUUUUCUGCCUCUCGGCCGUUUGAUUGCGGCACUCUUUACGAUGACUAAUAUACAUUAUCGACAGUUGAUGAAAUCAAAAUUAUUUUGUUAUCCUCCCCCACCAACGAACCACCACAGUUUCUCAAGAAACUUACCCCCUUUAUUCAAUAUUUGAACAUGUUGUGAAUGAGAGAUAUUUUUAAUUUUGUGUCGCAACCCGGAAUGGGAGCAAAUAAAAAGCAAUACAAUUUUUUUCCAUUUUAGCCAAAGACUCACAUUUAUUUGCGCAAGAAUAUGUAUAUUUUCAUGUCCAUCAUGUGUCUCUCAAGUAUUCCCGGCAUCCCUCUGGUAAAAGCGUGCGCCAUUAUUUGUUCAGCUUUGUUUCACAUUUGGUACCACCAAGUUUUGCCAACCAAAGUUGAAACUAUUUUCAGUUA